AUGUCGGGCUAUACAUCAGAAAUAAACAGUUCCGAUAAGAGAUUCUUAGGACAGAACUACAUUUUUAAGAGUUUCAUUCCAAGAAUAAAAAGUGUCAUGCAGGAUUUUUUUUUAGCAUAUUCCAACCCAGUUCCUUCAAACAGAAAACAGCUUCUAAUUCUCAUUAUAGAGUGCUUGCUUCUUUCGUUAACAAUCGGACUCUUGAUGUACAAGUGGUUCUCAAGCUAUUUGGAAUAUGACUCCCAACCAGUGAUCAUACUGACAAUAAUCGUAGUCAUCUUUCAAUUUUGCCUUCUUAUCCUGGUGCAUCCCAUUCGUUGUGUAAUAAGCAUUAUCCUGCCUUCCAUUGGCACCAAACAAGGUCGUAAUUUCCUAUGGUCUGCAAGCUUUGUGGCGAUAAUGUUCAACAUCAUCCCAAACAUUGUUAUAAAUCUGAAAAACGUUUUUCACACAAUGAAAUGCAUCGCCCAACAUUCUUCAGAAAGUCUUUUAAACUCAACGGAUGUCUUUCAAAACAUUGUUAGAGACAUGACUGGCAGGUUAACAGACUUUAAAGAUAAGGUAGUGCGUUUAAGUUUGUCGACAACCACUAGGGAUAUGAAGAUUGAUGCAAACAUUGAUAAAUCAAUAAUCUCGCGUCAGAUAAUAAAACUGUCAGAAAAUGUAAACGAGGAAUUUACGAGUGUUGAAUCACAACUCAAGGAUGGUGUAUUGACCUGCAACAAGGUUCUGGCUGUGUGUCUUGGCCUAUAUCUUCUAUGGAAUGCCAUUUGGUAUCUACAAAGAUACUUAACUGACCUUGAAUUUGACAACAUGUAUAUCACAAAACAGCUCAAAAUAUUAGCCUUGAAGAAACAUGCUUCAGGUCUAUUACCUAGUUCCUCCAAAUGGCUAAUAAGAUCAACAGGAGUCAAGCUUUCAAGAGAAGAAAUCUGCAUUUCUCUGGUACAAUUUUUGAUACUCUCUUUGUUCAUAUUAUUGACUGUUUUGACUAUCGUUGCUGACCACAUUGCUUACCAAUUUGCACUGGCAGUGGGAGCCUGGGUCAGUGAUCUGCCGGCCAUGCCUAUUGCUCUUCAAAUAAAAUAUGACGCUACGGUGAAGGCUUUCUUAAUAAUUGAGAGUAACAUUGCAAUAAACCAGGAAUAUCUGUGGAAAAUGAAUUUUGCUGAAUCCAAAUGUUGUCAACGUCCAAGUCCUCCCAAUGUGUCUGCCAUAAUCACCUUUGGAUUUAUUUACAGUUUUUUGUUCGUCAUGAUACUUUUGCAAGCCUACGCACAUCGAUUGCGCAGAAAAAUGUCGGCAUUGUUUUACCCGAAACGAGAGGAGGAACGAGUUUCGUAUCUCCUUGAAAAAAUAAUACACAAGCAUGCUGUGGAUGAUAUGUAUCAAACUAAUGCUCCAUUUGAGUAA